GGACAUUAGUAUUAGAAAAAGAGCAUUGGAAAACCUUAGAUCUGAUACAGGAUUUACCGGAAACAGGCAUAAGAUGCCAUCAACAAAUUCUUCUAGAACUAUAAAGUCUGUUGCCAGCAUGUCAAAAGAUAUUGGAAAAAUUAUAUUAAUGACCAAUUAA